CUCUGCUUCUCCACCAUCUUGGUGGCCAUUUUGGCCGCAACGGCGGCCGGAAUAGGGGUGAAUUGGGGCAGCCAAACCUCUCACCCUUUGAAUCCGAACAUAGCAGUCAAGUUAUUGAAAGAUAACGGUAUCUCCAAGGUGAAGCUCUUCGACGCCGAUCCAUGGACUCUCUCCUCCCUCACGAACACCGGCAUUGACGUAAUGAUCGGCAUUCCGAAUGACCAGCUUUCCACAAUGGGCAAAGAUUAUGAGAUCGCGAAGAAUUGGGUCAAGCAGAACAUCACCCAUUACCUCCAUGAUCGCGGUCUGAAAAUCAGCUAUGUUGUUGUCGGAAAUGAGCCAUUUUUAACGAGCUACGAAGGGGAAUUCUUGAAUUCCACCUUCCCUGCGCUCAAGAACAUCCAAAAGGCGCUCGACGAGGCCGGCGUCGGAGAUCGUAUCAAAGCCGUCGUCCCGCACAACGCCGAUGUAUAUGACUCUGCAAGCGGCGCGCCCUCCGGCGGCGCCUUCCGCGCUGAUAUCCGCAAUCUAAUGACACAAAUCGCUCUCUUCCUUCAAUCCCACGACGCGCCGUUCGUAGUCAAUAUUUACCCUUUCCUCAGCCUCAAUGAAAACAGCCAUUUUCCGAUCAACUUCGCCUUCUUCGACGGCGGUGGGAAACCCAUUACCGACGGGGGGAGGCAGUACACCAACGUGUUUGAUGCCAAUUUCGACACGCUCGUCUUUGCGCUCAAGAGAAUCGGCAUCAACGACAUGAAGAUCAUCGUCGGGGAAGUCGGGUGGCCGACCGACGGUGCGAAGAGCGCCGACGCUGCUAACGCGAAGAGGUUCUACGACGGAUUCUUGAAGAGGAUGGCAAGCAACAAGGGGACACCGAUGCGACCGGGGCCAUUGGAAGUCUACCUCUUUAGCCUCAUCGACGAGAACAUGAAAAGCAUAGUUCCGGGGAACUUCGAGAGGCAUUGGGGCCUGUUUACAUACGAUGGCAAGCCUAAAUUCGCCAUGGAUUUCAGCGGCAAGGGGAAGGAUGCGAUGCUGGUAGGGGCUAAAGGGGUGGAGUACCAGCAAUCACAGUGGUGUGUGUUGAAACCGGAGGCGAAGAACUUGGGUUUGCUCGCCGGAAACAUGGAUUACGCCUGUAGCUUAGCUGAUUGCACGCCAUUAGCGUAUGGAGGAUCCUGUAAUCACUUGGGGGAUUGGAUGGGAAAUGCGUCGUAUGCUUUUAACAUUUAUUUUCAGAUGCAGGAUCAGGAUGUGAGGGCUUGUGAUUUCCAGGGUUUGGCGAUGAUCACGACGAAGAAUCCUUCGAGGAACGGAUGUUUGUUUCCUGUGGAAAUUGUUAGCGCAGGGGAGAGAACGGCGGUGGGCUUCGUAGUGGCGGCGGCGACGGUUGUGGUGGCGGUGAGCUUGAUGAGAUUGUGA